AUUUAUUUAAUAUUCAAUAUUAUAUUUAUUCAUCAAUGGAACAUUUUAGAGGGGGAUUUUUUUUUUUUGUAUUUCUCUUUUAAUUUAUGUGUAUGGAUGAUGCUUGCAACAGUGAAGCAAAUGGAAAAGAAGUACGAGAAAAAUCCAAUCUCUAAAUAUUGUCGAAAUUGCAAAUCACAACUUGAGCAAGAAAAUGGGGUGAUAGAGAUAUUAUUUUUACUUUUUUAGUAACCUUCUUGUGAUAAUUUCCAUAAUCUGUGUAUUGCUUUUCAUUGAUUUUCAUCACUUUUUAUGGUAUUUAUGGCAACUGCAAAUAGCAGCGGCAAAUACUGAACAAAGCCAUAAUCUCUCUCUCUCUCUCCCUCCCCCCAUACAUAUGUAUCUAUCGCCGUCCCUUUUACUCCCAUCGCUGUCUCUGUAUAAAAAGUAUUUCCCCUGUGCUUCAGUAGUUGCAGAGCUUUCCAAAAAAUCCCAUGUCACAAUCGCCGCCAUGAACGAUUUUUCUCAUAACUAAGGAAAACUGUGUUUCUCAAGAAAUGGCUGAGAAGAAAAGCUCCUCACAGGUGACACAUUAAUACGUUAUGCAAUUAAACCUUGUCUAUUUUUUGCAAUUUAGUGUUUGCUUAUCUAUUUUUUGUUGUAAUUUAUGUGAAAUAUUGUUUGAAUUGUGUUUUGGAAAAAAGGUGGUUGAUGAAUUGAAGGAAUUAUGGGCAAUGGCACUUCCAAUAACUGCAAUGAACUGUUUAGUGUAUGUUAGGGCAGUUGUAUCUGUGCUCUUCUUGGGCAGAUUAGGCAGCCUAGAGCUAGCAGGUGGUGCUCUGAGCAUCGGCUUCACGAACAUCACCGGCUACUCCGUGCUAGUAGGGUUGGCCUCCGGCCUUGAGCCGGUGUGCAGCCAGGCCUACGGCUGCAAGAACUGGGACCUGCUCUCGGUGUCCCUGCACCGUAUGAUCGCCAUACUGUUCUUGGCAAUCGUCCCCAUUAGCGUGCUUUGGAUCAAUCUUGAAACGAUCAUGAUGUUCAUGGGGCAAGACGGGGAGAUUACUAGGAUGGCCGCGACUUACUGUGUCUAUUCGCUGCCGGAUUUGUUGACAAACACCCUGUUGCAGCCCUUGAGGGUGUAUUUGAGGUCACAGGGGGUGACCAAGCCCCAAAUGUGGUGCACAUUGCUGGCUGUGGCGUUCCACAUCCCGUUGAAUUAUGGGCUCGUGGUUGUGAUGGGGCUGGGGGUGCCGGGGGUGGCUAUGGCCUCUGUGUUGACUAAUCUGCACAUGAUGGUGCUGAUGAUGGGGUAUGUGUGUAUUUAUGGGAGGUGGGAGUGGAGGUGGAAGGUGGCCGGAGAUGGUGGUGGUGAUGGUGAUGGGAUAGGCGCACUGCUUAAGCUUGCUGUCCCGAGCUGUAUAGGGAUAUGCUUGGAGUGGUGGUGGUAUGAAAUUGUGACUGUCUUGGCAGGGUAUUUGCCUAACCCUAAGCUCACGGUGGCCGCCACUGGGAUUAUAAUCCAGACGACGAGCCUUAUGUACACGGUCCCAAUGGCGCUGGCCGGCUGCAUCUCAGCUAGGGUAGGAAAUGAGUUGGGAGCUGGGAAGCCACACAAGGCUAAGCUAGCAGCCAUGGUUGCAUUAGCAUGUGCAUUUGCAAUAGGGCUCAUGAAUGUGGUUUGGACAGUGAUAUUCCGAGACAAAUGGGGUGGCCUCUUCACAAAAGAUGAUGAGCUAAAGCUUCUCGUUGCGUCGGUCUUGCCGAUCAUAGGACUCUGUGAACUGGGCAAUUGUCCGCAAACCACAGGCUGCGGGGUCCUACGUGGCAUAGCGAGGCCGGUGGUGGGUGCCCACAUCAAUCUUGGUUCGUUUUACUUUGUGGGCACCCCCAUAGCCGUUGGCCUGGCUUUUUGGCUCGGGAUUGGGUUCCCGGGCCUGUGGCUAGGCCUGCUCUCGGCUCAGGCAGCCUGCGCUGCUUCGAUCCUCUAUGUCGUGUUGUAUCGCACGAACUGGGGGGACGAGGCAGUGAAGGCCUCCAAGCUUAGUAGCUUAGAGAUGGUCGAUAAGGGUAGUGGUGAGGAAGAGAGGAAGGGAUUCCUAGACAUGGAUAAUGACAAGGGUGAUGUUGUUUAGGGUAUAUAACUCGUUUCGAUGCUGAAUCCGAUUGAAAUCAUAUGGUAAAGCCACCCCAUUUGAUUGUAUCAUAAACUCAUGUGAAUUGUGUACGAUAGCAUCGGACAAAGGAGUAAAGCGAAAUGGGAGAGUGGGGAAUUGUGGGUUUUUUUUUUUUUUUUUAGUGCUCCAUGUGGGGAAAAGUGUAAAUCAUAUUCUUGCUUGAAAGUUUUGGUGUUCUUGAGGUAUGGGAUUUUGUGAAAAUGAAUCACUUUAAGUGAGGCAGGGAAUUUCAUGGUGGCCCAUACUUUUAUUUUAA